AUGAGCUUUUUAAUUUUCAAGUCAAAACCAAAGACACCACAUGAUUUGGUGAGGAACGUAAAAGAAGCUAUUAACAAGUUGGAUGGUUUGGAGAGGAAGAAGUUCUCGCCGUUAGGAGAGGCAAGCGAAGACAUUUCGAAGAAUUUGGCUACGAUGAAGACCAUCCUUUACGGGGACGGAGAGAAUGAUCCGGUACCAGAAACCGUCGCGCAACUAGCACAGGAAGUUUACAAUAACGAUAUUUUGCAAUUAUUGGUGCUAAACAUCUGGAGAUUUGAAUUCGAGGCAAAAAAGGAUGUAUCACAGAUAUUCAAUAAUCUUUUGAGGAGACAGAUUGGUUCAUUGACACCGACAGUCGACUAUCUGAGGAGUCGAGGUGAAAUUCUAUUCGCGCUACUCAAAGGAUAUGAAAAUCCAGAAAUAGCGCUUAAUUGCGGAAUGAUCCUGAGAGAAUGUCUUCGACAUGAGUCAUUAACAAAAAUUAUCCUAAAUUCUUCCGAGUUUUACAAUUUCUUUGAAUACGUCGAAAUGAGUACGUUCGAUAUCGCAAGCGAUGCUUUUGCCACAUUUAAGGAAAUACUAACCCGCCAUAAAUCUCUGGUGGCCGAAUUUUUGGAUGCCAAUUAUGACACGUUUUUCAGGUCUUAUACCAAGUUGUUGAAUUCCAACAAUUACGUAACCAAGCGGCAGUCUCUAAAACUUCUUGGUGAAAUUUUAUUGGAUCGCUGCAACUUCAAUGUCAUGACGAAAUAUAUUGCGAGUGCGGAAAAUUUGAAGCUGAUGAUGAAUUUACUAAGAGACAAAAGUCGCAACAUUCAGUUUGAAGCUUUUCACGUGUUUAAGAUAUUUGUGGCGAAUCCAAACAAAAAUAAACCUGUUCUGGAUAUUUUGAAUAAAAACAGGGACAAAUUAAUCCAAUUUUUGGAAAAUUUUCGCAAUGACCGUCAUGGAAUUGAAAUCAUAACUAUUGUUAAUUCGAGAAUUGGACUAACAGAGGCUUGUGAGAGAUUGCGGGCGCAUUUUCCUCAUUCGGUGCUAGAAUUAUUGGAUAACAAACCUACUAUUAACCAAGCAUUUAUUGGUCAACAUUUUCAAUAG